AUGAAAAUAAAGACCCUAAGGGGGCCCCCCGGGGGCCCCCCGAGGCCGCCGCCGCUGCACUCUGGGGGCCCCCUGCCCUGUCCCAUAAACUUCGACGAAAGCCGGGCUCUUUUGGAGGAAGCAAAUCCCGAAAAACGGGAAAAUUCAAAACAUGAAGCAGCAGCAGCAGCAGCAGCAGCAGCAACAGCAGCAGCAGCAGCAGCAACAGCAGCAGAAGCAGAUGAGACGCUGACGGUCUUGAGCCCCCUCACCCCCACAGUGCCGCUCAAUCUGCUGCAGAAGCAGCAGCAGCAGCAGCCGCCGCGGGAGAAAAUCCCCAGUGGCUACUACGGCCGCUCGCGGUCUUUCUUCUAG